UUUCUAAUGUUCAUGCGUAAACCACAUUUUAACAGUCGUAUGAUAUUUAUUUGAUCUUUGUUUUUUUUUGAGGUUAGAGUCCGGACCACUUGUUGGCGUCUAUCUGCUUACUACCGUGACUAGUACUAUCGUAAGCCAUCGUUAUACCCGCAGUAAAAAUUUUGCCGGUUUAAGAUCUUGCCGACAGCUAUAAUUUUACAUAAAUUUUCUGGACGUGGAAUGUGGAAACGAUAAUAGGCAUUAUUACUCUGCGUGACAUACUUGGUACCUAGUCUACUCUAAUCUGUAUACUACGAAUAGCUGUUGUUUCUUCUCUAAAAAUCAUUACGAUGAUGUACUUCGAAGACUUCCUUGAAAAACUCAAUUUAUUGCCGCAGGAGAUUCUAGACCACACUUCUGAAGUUGGACAACUGGACCUAAAUGUGAAAACCACCAUGAAUUAUUUAAAAGAAAAUGUAGAGGUUUUGUUUUCAAUUGCUGAUACUAUGAAUACAGAUGACUUGGAUGUUGAAUUUAAAAAAAUUAUGGAAAUUGGCGACAAAGCUCUUAAGCAAUCUGAUGAAAAAAUUCAAUUGGUUAACAAGUUGCAUAAAUUAAUGGCUAAAUAUAAAAAUCAAUUAGAUAUUGAUUUAGAUAAAUUUAAAAUGGAUUUGGAAGCUGAUGAAGUGGGCAUCACUGAACAAAUUGAAAAAAAGGUAGAGGAUGAAUUAUUGAACAGCAGUUUCAGUGAAAAGUUUAUUGCAAUAGAUUCAAAUUCUUCUAGCAGAGGUGGUUUAGAUUUACAAGUCAAUGCAAUUCCCACCAACUCUCAAAUGGAUCAAAUUCCAUUACACUAUACUUUGGAACAUAUGGAAGAUGGUAGCUCAGUAGUUUCAGCUCCUGCGCCCAAAGUUAAGGUUACUCCAAAAAAGUCAGUUAAAGGUCCUAAACCAGUGAAACCAAAAACAUCUAUUAAAGCAAACAAUCGGAACAAAACAAAUGCAGUGACUGCAGGUGCAUUAUCGUCAGGAUUGCCUAUUAGCAAUAAAUUACAACGUCCAAAAAAAUAUAAAAAACGUUCGAAGCAAGUAUUAAAUAUAAAAUAAAAGUAACACUUUUAAAGAAUUGUUUUUAUUCACAAUUUAUA